ACGCUUGCGCAAUGUGACAGGAAGCUGGAAUGCGAUAACUGCAUGAGGCCGAUUUAUGACAAAAAAUCCAAAAACUCGACUAAAACAAUGAAUUACAUGUCAUUAAUCAACGUAAAUAAUGACUUUUAGAGUUUGGGCCUCGAAUAUAAAUACAUUUCACUGAUAUUGCAAUAUGGACUUCAUCAAAAUGUUACCGUUUCACACUUGAAUUGUCUUCGUCCCGCCAACAUCAGCAGCAGAAACAGUUACGCUCCAGGUUGAAUAUGUCACAGGAAGAAUAUACGUCUUUGAGUAGAGCCCAGCUCAGCUUUGACUAUCUGCAUACUAAUUCAACUACUCAUGAGUUUUUGUUUGGUGCCCUUGCUGAAUUGGUUGACAAUAGCAGAGAUGCCAAUGCAACAACAAUCAACAUUUUCACAGUCCCAGAUGAAUCUCUUAGGGGAGGUUACCUGUUGUGUUUCCUUGACGACGGAAGUGGAAUGGACCCAAAUGAAACAGCUGAUAUUAUCACAUUUGGAAGGUCAACUAAAAGAGACGAAGAAAACUCACACAUUGGCAUGUACGGAAAUGGUCUCAAAUCAGGCUCAAUGAGGAUUGGUAAUGACUUGAUGGUAUUUACAAAGAAAGACAAGGCAAUGUCAUGUUUAUUUUUGUCACGUACAUUUCAUGAGGAGGAAGGCAUUGAUGAGGUGAUUGUUCCACUGCCAUCAUUUGAAGUAAACAGUAGAAAACCCAUGAGCAAAGGCAAAAAGCAUGAAAUUGAAAUGGAACUUAUCUAUAAAUAUUCACCAUUCCACAAUGAGGCUGAAUUCUUUGAACAGUUUGAUAAAAUUGAAAGUGAAUCAGGGACACUUGUUAUUAUAUACAAUAUGAAGCUAUUGGACAAUGGUUUACCAGAACUGGAUGUAUUAAGUGAUCCGUGGGACAUUAUAUCGGCACAUCCUUCCGCCGAAGAGGAUUCAGACGAAGGGUCGUGGUCAAGGUUUCGUACAGAAAGAUUAAUGCCAGAAAGGAAAUCAUUCAGAGCCUACACAGCUAUAGUGUAUGUAGACCCCAGUAUGAAAAUUUAUAUUCAGGGCAAAAAAGUACGGACGAAGCGUUUAGCUUGCUGCUUAUAUAAACCCAAAAUGUACAAAUAUUCUUCGAAUCGAUUCAAGACGCGAGCCGAGAUGGAUGUCACCAAAUCAAAAGAAGAUGCAAAAAAUGCUGAACAUCGAGCAAAAGAAGCAGAAAGUAAAGCUAAACACAUAGAAUCAAAACAAGGAGGUUCGUUAAAAGAACACAGGGCUGAGCUGCGGAGAGCACAACAGCAUGCUGCAGAGUUACGGAGAGACGCCAAGUUAAAAAAAGAGUUGGCAGACCGAAAGGAGAGGUCAUUAAAAGAACCCAAAACACUGAAUUUUAUAUUUGGUGUGAAUCUGGAUAAUCGUAGUCAUGAUGGUGUAUUUGUAUAUAAUUGUAGUCGUCUUAUAAAGAUGUAUGAAAAAGUAGGGCCACAAACAGAUGGUGGUGUAUUUUGCAGUGGUAUUGUAGGAAUAGUAGAUAUACCAUACUUAGUAUUAGAACCCACACACAACAAACAGGAUUUUGCCGAUGCUCGGGAAUAUCGACACAUGAUGAAAGCUAUGGGGGAACACAUGGAACAGUAUUGGAAAGACAUUGGAAUAGGGAACCAAGGUGUCACAACAUUUUGGGAAAACUUUGGUUAUGUUAGCCAUUCAUGGAAAGACCCACCAUCAGGUGAUAUCAAAUACCAGAGAAAACGUGCCAUGCAGGUUAAUACAACAUUACAAUGUGAUAAUUGUUUAAAAUGGAGAAUAAUACCAUUCUCUUCUAAUAAUAUAAGUAAAGACUUUAGUGAUGAUUGGAUCUGUGACAUGAAUGCAGAUGUUCAGCAUAAUAAAUGUACACAAGCCGAACAGAAGAUGAAUAUACCGGAAGGUCAAUUAAAAAAAGCUGUUAGAUCUCAGGAACAGAAACAGAAAGACAUAGAAGAGGAUAUACGGAGGAAAACAGAACAGUUAGAGAAAAUGCAGAAGAAACAGUCAUCAUCUCGACAAGCAGAGGAAAAGGAAAGAAAACGAAAGGAAGAUGAUGAUAGAAAGAAACAAGAAGAAAUUGAAAGGCGAAGAAAAGAAAAAGAAGAAGCCGAAAGAAAAAAGGAACAAGCUAAAAAAAUGAGAGAAGAAGCAGACAAAAAGCGAAAAGAAGAUGCUGAAAGACGACGGAAAGAAGAAUUGGACAGAAAAAAGAAAUUAGAUGCUGAAAGAAAAAGAAAGGAAGAACAGGAAAGAAAGAAGAAAGAGGAAUCAGAGAGAAAAAAGAAAGAGGAGUCAGAAAGAAAAAAGAGGGAAGAGGCUGAAAGGAAAAGAGAAGAAGCUGCUGAAAAGAAAAGAUUGGAUGCAGAAAAGAAAGCUGAGGCAGAAAGAAAGAAGGAAAUAGAAAGGAAGAAACAAGAGGCAGAGAAGAAAAGAGAACAGAAAAGAAAUAGUGCAAGUAAAAGAGCUGCAUCUCCUAUACUACAAUCAUCAAGGAUCACACCGACAUCGUCAGCAAAGAAGGCUAAAAUAUCUUCACCUGUUGAUUCAGACAGCGAUGGAUAUGUCCCUACAAAGAAAAUGAAAGCUGAUGUGGAUUCAACACCCUCUAGACGAGGUAGAAAAGCUCUCAAUAGAAAUAUUGUGGAAUCAUCAUGUGACGAUUCUGAUGCAGUGGUAGACACGAGGUCAGAGGAUGAUGAUAUGGGAAUUGUAUCAACUAAUGACACAGAUAAUGAAGGUGACUUGGGUACAAAGAUUGAAGCAAGAAUUAAUGAUAAAUGGUAUUCUGGAAUGGUAACCAAAAUAAAUAACAAGGAUGGUAAAUGGAAGAUUAAGUUUGACCACAAUUCAAAAGACAAAUAUGAUAAAUGGUAUGAAAAGUCCAGUAAAGAUUUGAGAUUAAAGAGUGGUCAGCCUAUACCAGAAUCUCCAGUUCAAGGUCCACCUUCACCCGUCUCUGUGUCCUCUGCCACUGAAGCCCCAUCAUCAUCAACCACAUCUCAGUUACCAUCUAGUCAAAUUACAGAUGAAAUUGCUAAUGGAUACAGAACAUGUUUACGUUAUUUCCUGCCACCAAACUGGAUCAUGGAUAAAGAUGCCAUAUCAACAAUGGCUUUACCAGAAUUAGCUGCCUUCCCAUUAGACGAUUUCUUUGACCAUUAUGAAAAAGGAUUAAGAAAGUUAGUUGGUAACUUCCAGACAGAAGCAUCUCAAAGGAAACAAGAAAGUGACCAGGCCGUCACAAAAUUAUCUUCAGUGCGGAAACUUAUUGCCAAACUUCUCAAGUCAAUAAACGAGGAUUUUGAUAUUGACCCUGAUGCCGAUGGUGACCAAGUAGAUGAACUUUUAGCAGCAUGUGUCAAACAAGCUGUCCAAUCACAACCUUGAUAACAACUAGUAUCAUAGGGAAUUAACCAAUCAGAAAUAGUGACUCUGAAACAUGUGACCAAUGAAAAUGAAGAGUUUGAAAUGACUGGUCAUAAAGAAUUUUAACCAAAAUGAAAGUUCUUCAGAGAGUUGUUAAUUUAUUUGAGGAGAGGCAUUUUACCAGUGAACUUGAACCAUUUGUUUUCUUCUUUAGAUUGUUUGUUUACCUGAGCCAAAUUAUGUUUUCACAUUAAAGAAUCUUUUCCAGACUGAUAGUUUGAGAUCUGCUUCCAAACUCAAAUAAAUACUAAGAAUAUGACAUUGUAUAAUGUAAUGUUAUUCACCAUCAACAACAUUUUGUGUGAAACAAGUCUUAUUUACUUUAUGAAUAAUUGAUACGUAUGAAAAUUUCAUCAACACGCUUUAUAAUGUGGGAGUCAAACAAAUGAAUAAUUGCAUUGUAUCUAUGUUUCAUCUUGAUAAAAAAAAAAGGGGGGGAUAUUUUUUAUGCUCAAUAUUAUUAAAAUCAUAGAAAUAUACAUUUGCUUAACGAAAUUGGUUAACUUGAAAGAAUUGUCAAAGUUCAAAUAGGGAGAAGGUUUUAAACAAUUCACUGUGGAUUUCAGACAAAGGCAUUGUGUAAAUGUAAAAGUUAACCUACAUUAUUUCGCUCAAUAAAGCGACUGAUUAGUCAAUAUGAACAUUUUAAUGAGGAAAUGUAUUUUUUUAAUCCCUUGUUAAGUAUAACCAAAUGGCGUAUUAACAAUUACUUGUCGUAUUUUAAUAAAAAUUAAUCUGGA